UGCACGGGAUGAGAACGAACUAGAGGAAUUAAGCCAGUUUAACUUGCCUAUUCAUCCGUCGGCUACUGGACGGAAUACGCCAUCAUAAGUAACCAAAACAUAAACAAUGUGGGACACAACCCGGGGUUAAAGGUCAGUAAUUGCACACGGGUCCCACAGAUCACCCGAGGCUCACAAGAUUCUCCCACUGCAGAAAAAAAUGGCACGUUUGCUGAAGGUUCGAUGCAGAGAAACUUUUCUAAAGGGAGGUCCUCCCACGAUAUGGCAAGCUCGCUUGAGCGACUUGGCGCCAGUAACCGGGCGCACCUAUCAUACCUUCGAUACGAAUGCAGGUGAAUCUGUUCCUGACCCCCUGACCUUCAUUCGGCAAAAUGGCGCACAAUUCACGGUAUACAGUGUGGACUUCGACCAGCGAUUACUCGGGAUGGUUAAAGUGACGGAAGGGAUCGACAUUUUGAAGGCACCAUUUCUGUAUCAGGCACAGCGCGAACACGCAGAGGAGUUGUUGCUCGUCCCGUUUGAUGUGCUGCCGGCAGUAGCAGACGCGAUGACGGAAACAUUGUCCGGGGUUAAAAACGUUUUCCUGCAUAACACUGGUCGUUGCGGCUCCACCCUGAUGUGCAAAGCUAUGGGCGUGAUCGAUCAGGUGCUCGCCGUGUCAGAGCCUGACAUCUUCACGGUCACCUUUGAGCGUGCUUGCGCCAGGGAUGUUCCAUUAACUCCUCAUGAAGAGGAGGAAGUUAUCACGGUGCUGAGAUGUAGCGUCAUCCUGCUCAACUUCUACCUGCACCAAAACCACUCGGCAAAGGCCCUCAUCUGCUACAAGCUCCGCAGCGAGUCAAUUUUCAUCGCUGACCUCAUACAGAAAGCUGUUCCGGAGUCGAAGACAAUCUUCAUGUACAGGGACCUUCCUAACUUUUAUGACUCCACGCUUCACGUUGAUUUCGGCGGUAGCUAUUGGCGCUACUUUUUCCAGACGGUGACGAGGUAUGAUGUAUUAUUUCGUGUUCCCACGAUAAAAGAUCACCACCCGUACUUCAGGUUUGCUGCGGAGCACCCACGCAUGGUCUCAUGUCCUGUUCAGCACGGCAUUCCUUUUAUUAACGUCUCACUUUGGAUUCUGCAGAUGCAAAAAGCUUUUGAUCUGAUACAAGAAGACACUGGAAACUUCUUCCAUGCGUCCCUCACCUUCAAACAUCUUUUGGAACACAAAGAAAGAAUCGUCGUCAAGGUUCUAGAAAACAUCGGCGUGCAUGUUUCACCCGAUACGGACAGUUCCAGAGUCAGGGGGGUGUUUGGUGUAGAUAGUCAGAAAGGAAACUUCAUGGAAGGUAAGAGAGGAAGAGGAGCUGUUAGGAGUUCCUGGGUGGGCAGCUGGGAUAAUAGCUUGUUUUCGACUGUUCUAGCACAUUUUAAUGGAGAUGUUGAUGAACCGGAUUUCAUCUUGCCAAAUACCACUAUGAUCGCCGAUUCAUUUUAAUUGCGGCCUUGAGGCCGGAAUUCAUUGAAGGUUGCAGAAAUCUGUUCAAUAUGCACUGUAACUAAGAAGUGGAGAGAAAACGUUGCAAAGACGUUUCUGUACUUUUGAUGAUGUUUUAGCUGCACUCCCGUCCCCUGAGUACAUAGACUAGCUGAGAAACAAACUGACCAACCAAAAUCCAAUAGAAUAGGAAUCGAACCCAAGAUGUAAGCCUGAAGCGAAAAUCACCUGUCCCCGAUCACUCAACACCUGUACACAAAACUGUAUAAUACUUACAUUUCUUCAAGUUCAGACUCUACACUCAAAUAAAAGAUAUUAACUUGU